AUGUCCACGGCUAAUGGCCGCGCCUUCCAGCGUGUCCCCAAGACUGCAGCGGAGUGGGAGAGGGCCGCGAAGGCCGCAAAGAUUGGCCGGAGAACAAUCCACGGCCGCAGGGACAUGCAUGCUGGUUCGAAAAUCACCCAAGAGGAGUUCAUUCUCCUAAAGGUCCUUUCUCAAACAGGUAAGAAUUAUGAUGUGUCAGACCUGGGCCUAGGUUCGCACCUUGAGACGGCGAAGCAGCUGCUCGCUGGCAAUCCAGAAUACCAGGCCUUCCUCCAGGGGCUAGAAGCCAUCAAGGCAGGCGACGCUGGCGAUAUUGGGGCCAUGGGGGUGUUUAAGAUCCCCUUCAGUCAGAUUAAAGAGGUCCUCCGCCUCUCGAAGGUGCCGAAGCGCAAGCGCCACCGCAACCCAGACCCCCAGGCCAGCCCUAAGCCCCGCGAGACCCGACUUCAUGACGGAAUAAACGAAGACUCUGUCAACUCGGCCGCUCUAUCCCUGCUCACGGCCAUUAGUCUCGAGCAUGUAUCCAGCCCGGCGGUCUGGAGUCCUCACCGUGCGCCUUUCUUUGCCAACUUUAGAAGGGCCACGAUGGAGGCCCAGGUCGAUGGUUAUUUUUGGGUUGGACUCUCCGGCCAAACUAGCAUUCUCCUUGAGGCCAAGGCUGGCGCGCGUGAAAGCCACGAGCCCGCUGUCUCGAUGCAAGAGGCAGCGGAGACGGUGGCUUGGCUCAUGGCCAAGCCACCAGUUGGACCGAAGUCAAACCGGGCGUUCUUGGAAAUCAUCCUGGCUAUCAUGCUGAGAGCCAGGGAAGAAGCCACGCCGUGA